AUGGCAUCACACGAAACCGCCGAGACAGAGCCUGAACUCUACUUUAUGGAUUUCAACGACGACAGGCCCGCCACCAUCGUCCUCCUCCACGGCCUCCUCAACUCGCACAUCGAGUGGUCUUUCGUGAUCACUCACCUGGGCAACUACCACAUCAUCGCACCCGACCUCAGCGGUCACUCCCGGUCGCGGGACAUACUACCCGCCGACAUCGGUAGCUCGGCCGACCGUGUCGCCGCGCUGAUCCGCCGGCACGCAAAGGGCGGCCGGGCCCACGUCGUCGGCCUCUCGAUGGGCGCCUUUGUCACCCUCCGGCUCGGCCAGCGGCAUCCGGACCUGGUGCUCUCGGCGUUUGUCACGGCCGGACACCCGAUGGAGCGCCAGUGGGCGUGGGUCGUCGGACACCCGAGCAUCACAUACUACAUGACCUUCUUCCUGCUAGAGCUCGUACCCGUCUGGCUGUACAUGCGCGUGGCGACGGGUCGGGGCAUGCGGCACCACGAGGGGCUGCUGUCGGAGAUGCGGCGCAACAGGAGGUGGGAGGUGAUCCGGACUGUGGACAUGGGGCUGUUGGAGCUGACCUGGGAGGACGUGCGAAGCCUGCCGAUGAGGACGCUGUCGAUUGCGGCGGAGACGGUAGACGACGUCGAGGCGGUGAGGCGGAUGGGCAGGGAGAUGCCCGUGGAGGGAUCCCUGGGCGCUGUGGUGAGAGGGGCGGUGCAUACAUGGAACCUACAGAAGCCCGAGCUGUUUGCGGAGGCCAUCAAGGCCUGGGUUGAGGGGAGGGAUCUGCCGGAAGGGAUAGAGAUUCUGAAGUGA